UAGAAAAGAAGAGAAUAACCACUGCCGUGCUCUGUUUCUUAAGAAAAAGCCUUCCUCUCCCCAGUCUCCACUCAUCGUUAACCUUCUCUCCCGGCGCACAGCAAUAUUGGGAGCUCUCUCUCUUUCGCCAAGUUUCGGCACCUUUCAGUAAAUGUCUCAUUGAAAUUCUCGGAUGAUCACGUACGGCAGAUCUGACAAAUCAUCUUAAGCAAGCAGCACGGUCCUUACAAAAAUACAUAAGGUCAGAACUGGCUGCUCUAGUUUGGGAUGUGGAGUCGUCAGCGUGAAGCAUUCUCCACUUACAAGAGGAUGCCAUUAAGAGAUCAUUCAACCGUAGUUGAUGAUGUAGAAGAUAACUCGGCUCUCCUACAGAACAGCAUGGACAUGGAAACUACAAAUCCUUCAUGGUUGCUUUCCUUUCCGCAUGUAGUAGUGGCAAUCAUAACUUCACUCCUAUUUGGCUACCACCUUGGGGUAGUUAAUGAACCACUUGAAAGCAUCUCUAUAGAUUUAGGUUUCAGUGGCAAUUCUCUGGAUGAAGGUCUGGUGGUGAGUACAUGUUUGGGUGGUGCCUUUAUUGGAUCAUUGUUCAGUGGUUGGGUUGCUGAUGGUGUCGGACGUCGUAGGGCCUUUCAGUUGUGUGCUCUGCCUAUGAUUAUUGGCGCUGCUACAAGGUUAUAUACAUUGCUAAUGAAAUGGUUGAAUGAUUUAUUUUCAAGCUAUGUGUUGUAUUUUAUUUCUUAAUACUGCAAAUGAUAGCUUUUGAUUUAAAUUUAAUCCCAUGUUUUUAUAAUCUAUUUGUUUUAAUUUGUUGCAAAUUAUUUGUAUAUUUUCUAGUAAGAUGGAUUAGAGAUAUAAAACUCUGACCUUGAGGGAAACUCGUGUUUUACUACAAAUCUUCUAUCUUGAAUGAAGUAAGACUAACUAGCGGCCUAGGACCUUGCUUGAUGGUUUCUUCCACUUUGAUCUGUUAUAGCUUUUUACUCUAACAUCUUUGCUUGUGUAGAGGUCACGUUUUAAACUUGUUCAUUAUGUGUCAUGUAUAUAAGGUUUUGUUGUCUUUAUAAUCUUUUGUUUGCUAAAAG